GCCAGUCAUCUCUCGGUAGGCAAAGAGCAUACGCUCAUCACAUGGUGUCACAUGACCGGUUUUCCGUUGUUGACCUUGCCUGACGUCUAUAUAAAUUCUUGGAGACGGUAUUCUCGCAUUUGAGGUUCGAGGAAUUACGAAGUUCCCGUCUGAUUCCUGAAAGAUUGCCGCUUCUGAAGUUUGUGUAAAGUACAGAAACAGAGUUUAUGUUUGAAAAACAGACCUGUACACAUAGCGACGGAAAUUGAUUGCCUGGAAACCCGGGAGAGCUUCGAAAGAAAUGAAAGGUGCAUACACACAGCCGUUAAAACAAGGUUACCUUCUAAAGCAAAGCGAAAUUCUGAAACAAUGGCAUCUCCGUUAUUUCGUCCUGAGCAAAGAGUGCCUAUGUUACUAUAGAACUGAAGCGGAAUCAUUGCAAGAGGCACCCAAGGAGGUUAUAUUCUUCAAUGACAUGUCUCUGUAUAUAGACGAACAGGCAGAUAAACAUACAAAGUACUGCUUACGGCUUGUAAAGCGAUCUGUAUCUGCCGGCAAGAUUGCGAAUCGGACAUUUUUUCUGUCUUGUUUCUCGCAAGAUGAAAGGAACGAGUGGUUGUCUCAAAUUCUUUUAGCGAAAGCAAUGGCGUUAGUCGCUGAUCCAACCGCGCUGAUAGGAAAACGUGAAACCUCAACAGAGCAUAUGGACUUUGAGCUCACUACUUCCGGAAAAUAUGUCCGGCUUCCCGCCACAAAGGAACUGUUACUGAAAUGUCGACAGAAACUUAUGCUCGUAAGCGGUUCAAGGAAUUCCUUGGGUCGUAUAUUCCCUGAAAACUUAGACAAUUCAGAACUAAAGUCUUUUACUUUGAACCUUCAACACUGGAGGACCUCAUUAAUGAUGAUACGAUCGUAGCUUAUUGCUGCUUAUUGCUCACGCUUGAAAAUUGUAAGCGCAGUGCACAUCUUUUUGACUGUAAAUCUGAGCAUGAGAAAACCGCAAGGCAAGCACUGAAAUGCGAAAAAUUAUCUUGUGGUUAAAAAACCAUGUUUUAUUUAUAACUCCCGAUAAAGAAAAAGCAUAGUUUAAGCAUUUAUUGAACAGUUUUGUGCAGUUUAUUCAAGCUAGAGUGAAGCGAGAAGUUUGUUUUCUUUAUGUAUUUUAUUUAUUUCUAAGACUUAAGUGUGGAUUAGUAUAGACGCUUAAUUUAUACAUCUUUAUAUCUAUUUUAAAGCUAUAGAAAUUGCUAUUAAAGCUGCUAGUGGUGCUAAUAAUUAAAGAAAAAAUAUGAAAAA